AUGGACCCGCCGGCCAAGGAGGGGCCGCUCUUCGUGCAGCAGAGCCACAAGUUCGGCGCCAAGCGAUGGAAGAAGAACUGGUUCGUGCUGUACCCGGCGAGCCAGCACGGCGUCGCCCGCCUCGAGUUUUUCGAGUGCAAGGACCAGGCCGGGGUGCCCGAGAAGCUCAGCAGCAAGCGACUGGACAAGAAGAUCGUGCGGCUGGCCGACUGCAUCAGCGUGGCGCCCGCCGCCGAGAGCGGCCCCCGGGACGGCACCGCCGCCUUCUGCCUGGAGACCAGUGACAGGAGCUACCUGUUCGCGGCCGACAAGCAGCAGAGCGAGGAGUGGGUGGCGAAGCUGUGCGAGAUCGCCUUCCCAGGAAAUAGCCCCAGCAAUGCCAGUGUGACAGGCCGGCGCAGCAGAGAGGGCGGUGGGGAGGUGCCAGCCCUGGAAAUGGCUGUGAACUCCAUCUACUACUCACGGGAUGAAGCAAACAUCUUCCGGGUGACGGUGCAGCGGACAGAGGCUGCAGAGCGUUGCGAGCUGCGUGGUGCCUACGUGCUCAAGGCUGAGCGUGACAGCCUCGUCCUGAAGGACCCACAGAUGAAGGAGACCCUCUAUGUAUGGCCCUAUCGGCUGCUUCGGAGAUACGGCCGAGACAAGGUGAUGUUCUCCUUUGAAGCUGGCAGGCGCUGUGAUUCUGGCCCAGGGAAUUUCACCUUUGAGACCAAGCAGGGCAAUGAGAUCUUUCGCCUGGUGGAAGCCUCCAUCCGGGAGCAGAAAGCACAGGUGGAGGAGAAUCGGCAAAGCUGCGAUUCGCUGGAUUCAGACAGUCCCAGCAUGGUACUGAUCCGCCAGACCCUGGCUGACUCCCUGAGCCUCGAGCUGCCUGCAGAGGGGGACAGCACUGUGGUACCCAAAGCAGGGCUGGUACCCAGGCCCUGUCCUGUGGCGGAGGAGAGAGAUGCUGCCUCUCUGCUGAAGACCCGGAUUCUGCCAGAGCCCCCCGUGCCACAAGCCAAGCCUGUGGUCCCAAGCACACCUCCACGCUCUCCUCUGCCAAAAGUGCCCCGAGCCGUGCUGCCGGCUGAGGACCCAUCCAGUGUGUACUCGGAGCCUCUGGACUCGGUGAAGGGCUUCCGGUCCCAGCUGGACCCGCUGUACGCAGACCCCAUAGAUAGCAAACCUGGAAGCAAGGCCAAGGUGCCCAGCGGAGCCCUGGAAGAAACAAAGCUCCGGGUGCCAGUGCCAUUGUACUCAGGCAUGUAUGAGCAGGUCCGGGCUGAAGGGGGGAGUCAGCUGCUGGCACCACCAGCACAGAAGGAUCCCAUCUAUGAUGAGCCUGAAGGCUGUGCCCCCCGCUCUCUCUCCCCCUCUGCUUGUAUCUAUGAUGAAGCACGGCCCACAGACAAGGCCUGGCGUACCCAGGGCCACGAUGGCAAGAGCGGCUAUGAGUAUCCCUACAACCCCAGCACGGACGACUACUCAGUACCUGUCUUCAAGACCAAGGGACCCAAGCCAGUGCCUGCCCCCAAACCACCGGCACCAUUUAUCCUUAAAGGUGCUGAGAGAAGCAUGGACCCCAGCAGGCGACAGGUGAACCCCACUCCUGAGAGGAUAGUCAUCAAACCCAGCCUUAAUAACAGCAACAAUAACAACGUGGAGGUGCUGUACAGCCACGUGGUGAAGCCCCAACAUGUGCAGAAGAAGGAGCAGUCUGUGGAUGAGAACAACUUAUCACCUGUCUACGAGGACCUAGGAGAGAUAUAAUGUGCUGCUGCCCUGCCUGCCAGGGAAGCACUGUGGGCCCAGACCUCCUGAUGAGCAGCCUGGGCUGCUGUCCUUCAUGGAUCCUGUGGAUGAGCUUGGGCAUGGGGAGUGUCCUGGAUGAGGCAGUGCCCCUCUGGCCUUACCAGUGCUGGAGGUCCUUUGCACAGCUGAGAGCAGGAGGGCUAUGGCUGAUGCAGUUGCCAGGGUGCUUCUCUGGGUCUGGAGCUGGCUCCACAGUUACCUUCCUGACCUAGCAGGAGGAGAUAGCUGCAUCUUUCCAUGCCUGCUGCUGAGGAUCCCAAGCCUGUGGUUCUGUUCUGGCUCCCUGUCCAGCCAGGCCACAAGACUGGGAUGCCUGCGGCAGUACGUGGCCUGCUCUUUGUGGAGGACUACUCACUGUCACUAUUUCCACAAAUAUUUUUAUACAAAAUUAUUUUGAUAUUAAAAUCUGUGUUUUGGAAUGA